AUGGACUGGGAAUAUGACUUAUCAUGUGUAUCAAUUGGGAGCGGUUUAAAAUGUUUAUCACAGAGUAAACUUUCAAAGAAUGGUGACCUUAUACAUGAUAGUCAUGCUGAAGUUUUAGCUAAAAGAGCGUUUGAUCAAAUGAUUCAAGUUAAGCUUGGUAAGGAUGGUUUUAGACGCGGAAGAAUGGAUUAUAAAUCUAUUGGGGUUCUGAGAACUAAACCUGGUAGAGCUGAUUCUGAGCCAACUUUAUCAAUGUCAUGCAGCGAUAAAUUGGCUCAAUGGAACGUUGUUGGAUUACAAUCAUCUCUUCUCUCAGAACUCAUAUCGCCGAUUUAUUUAUCUACAAUAAUAAUUGGUGAUUUGUUUUCCAAACAAUCUUUGGAGAGAGCUUUAUUUGAAAGAAUUCAAGGAUUACAAAGUUUGCCUUAUCCAUAUUCAUGUAAUAUUCCAAAAAUAAUUCAAUCAACCCAAGAAUUUGACGAAUCAUUUAAUUACAUAUCAAACCAAUUUCCUCAAGGAAAAAUUGUUACAUCAAACAUUGCAAAAGUUUGGUUCAAAGGUCCUUCAAACAACAUUGAAUUUCUUGUAAAUGGUCGAAAACAAGGCGCAUCCAAAUCAAAACUUUCAUCUAAAACAAGGAGUUUGGUAUCAAAACUAUCAUUAUUUAAAAGUAUUGUAGAAUUGUUAAGUAAAAUCCCAUCUGAUCUUGUUUCCGACGAUUUAAGAAUAACAAAAGAAAUAUCUUAUCGAGAAUUCAAAUCAAUUAAUAAAGAUUAUCAACUUGCCAAAAAAUGCUUGAGAGAACAAAUAUUUAAAGAGUGGAUUAAAUGUCCAAGCGAAAUUUAUGAAAAUUUUAGCAUUUAG